AGACACAGUGAGCGCUGGAGAAAGCGAGAGCAAGAGACGGAACGGCGGGCUCAGUAGCUGUCUUUGAAUACAACCACGGGGUUCCCAACCUUUCUUCCCUUAUUUCCCCCUCACUUUCCGUUUAAAACAGUUAUUUCCCUUGUUAUAAAUAUAGUUUUGAGUUUUUCUUUAGUGUUUCCUUCAUUUGGAGGCUUCUGAAUGACAGUUGUGAUUUGUAUCGUUUUUGGACAUUGUUUGUGGUGACCCAUUGGAUUGUCGAACAGCCGAGGAAGUCUGCAUAAUUGGAUGAGCUGCUUCGAUAAAAGCCAGAAAUGGAGUUGCUGUUGAUCUGCCUUUCCCUCUGGAUAUUGCAAUGCAAUUCUGCCGGAGCGGACUCCAUCAUUCAUAUUGGUGCCAUAUUUGAGGAAAACGCUGGAAGGGAUGACGAAAUUUUCCAACUUGCCAUUUCUGACCUAAGUCUCAACGACGACAUUCUACAAAGUGAAAAAAUCACCCACUCUGUAAAAUCUAUUGAGGCUAACAACCCAUUUCAAGCAGUGCAGGAAGCCUGUGAGCUGAUGAACCAGGGCAUACUGGCACUGGUAACAUCUACAGGCUGUGCAUCCGCCAACGCCCUCCAGUCCUUGACCGACGCCAUGCACAUACCCCACCUGUUUAUUCAGAGAAACGGCCAGGGCACGCCUCGCACCGCCUGCCACCUCAACCCAAGUCCUGACGGGGAGAGCUACACCCUGGCCGCCCGCCCGCCUGUACGCCUCAACGACGUCAUGCUCACUCUGGUCACUGAGCUGCGUUGGCAGAAGUUCAUCAUCUUCUAUGAUGCUGACUAUGACAUCCGUGGACUGCAGACAUUCCUGGACCAGGCGUCUCGGCAGGGUCUGGACGUGUCUCUGCAGAGGGUGGACCGCAAUGUGAGCAGGGUGUUCACCAACCUGUUCAGCACCAUGCGGACUGAGGAGCUCAACCGCUACCGGGACACGCUGCGGCGGGCCGUGCUUCUCAUGAGCCCCAGAGGAGCACAGGUGUUCAUCCACCAGGCUGUGGAAACCAACCUGGCAUCAAAGGACAGCCACUGGGUUUAUGCCAACGAGGAGGUGAGUGACACAGAAAUCAUGGAGCUGGUCCACAGUUCAUUGGGCCGGAUGACUGUCAUACGUCAGAUCUUCCCUCUGUGGAGAGACACCAACAUCCGCUGCAUGAGGAACAACCACCGCAUCUCCUCCCUGCUCUGUGACCCCCAGGAGGGCUACCUGCAGUCCCUGGAGGUCUCCAGCUUGUACCUGUAUGACAGUGUGCUGAUGUUGGCCAAUGCCUUCUACAGUAAGCUGGAGGACAGGAAGUGGCAUAGCAUGGCCAGUCUGAACUGCAUGAGGAAGUCCACCAAGCCUUGGAAUGGAGGCUGGUCUAUGCUGGACACCAUCCAGAAGAGACGGAUCACCGGGCUCACAGGAAUGAUGGACUUCCGUGCAGGAGGUUCCAACUCCCACGUCCAGUUUGAGAUCCUGGGGACCAGCUACAGUGAGACGUUUGGUAAAGAUGUCAAACGGUUGGCAACUUGGGACUCAACUCGUGGGCUGAACGGUAGUCUAAAGGAGAGUCGUAUAGAAAACGGCAUGCAAGGAGUGACGGUCAAAGUGGUAACAUUACUGGAGGAUCCCUUUGUGAUGGUAGCUGAGAACAUCCUUGGCCAACCUAAACGCUACAAAGGCUUCUCCAUCGAUGUUCUGGAUUCUCUGGCCAAGAUUCUGGGCUUCAAGUAUGAGAUCUACCAGGUGGCUGAUGGGAAGUAUGGCUCUCCUACCUCAAAUGGCUCCUGGAACGGCAUGAUCGGAGAUCUCAUCAGUAAGCGAGCAGACUUGGCAGUAUCAGCCAUCACCAUAACUCCAGAGAGGGAGAGCGUGGUGGACUUUAGCAAGCGCUACCUGGACUACUCCGUGGGGAUUCUGAUGAGGAAGUCAGAGGAGAAGAUCAAUAUUUUCUCUCUCCUGGCGCCCUUUGACCUGGCUGUGUGGGCGUGCAUCGCAGCCGCCAUCCCCGUGGUUGGGGUCAUGAUCUUCAUCCUGAGGCGCGUCCAGUCAGUCCGCUCCCAGAAUCCCCCAGGGGGACACCAGGCCACCUCUGUGUCCACCUCCCUCCAGAGCGCCAUCUGGAUUGUCUACGGAGCCUUUGUACAGCAAGGGGGAGAUUCCAUCCUGGGUUCUGUGGCGUUGCGUAUCGUCAUGGGCAGUUGGUGGCUCUUCACACUCAUUGUGUGUUCCUCCUACACGGCCAAUCUGGCAGCCUACCUCACUGUGUCCCGAAUGGACAACGCUGUACGGACGUUCCAGGACUUGUCCAAGCAGAUGGACCUAGCCUACGGAACAGUGAGAGACUCAGCCGUAUACGAGUACUUCAGAGCCAAAGGCACCAACGCUCUGGAGCAGGACAGCACCUUCGCUGAGCUCUGGAGAACCAUCAACAAGAACAACGGACAUGAACACUCAGUCUCCAGCCCCUCUGAAGGCAUCCGCAAGGCGAAGAGAGAUUCCUUUGCCUUCCUGUGGGACAUGGCUGUGGUAGAGUAUGCUGCUCUGACAGAUGAUGACUGCACCCUGACGGUGACCGGCAACAGUAUGAGCAGUAAGGGCUAUGGCCUGGCCCUGCAGCAUGGCAGCCCCUACAGAGACCUCUUCUCCCAGAAGAUCCUGGAACUGCAGGAGAAAGGGGACCUGGACAUCCUGAAGCAGAAAUGGUGGCCCAGGAAGGGCCGCUGCGACCUGGACAGCCACUCAGAGGCCCAGCCAGAGGGCAGGGCUCUGAGGCUCCACAGCUUCGCUGGGGUGUUCUGCAUCCUGGCAGCAGGGCUACUGCUGGCCUGCCUGGUGGCCGCACUGGAGACCUGGUGGAGCAGCAACCACUGCCGGCGAGAGCAGCCCAAAGAGGACAAAGAGGUGAAUCUAGAGCAGGUCCACCAGCGUUUGAACAGCCUCCUAGACGAGGACAUGGCACACAAGCAGCUGGCGGGCCAAUCUAUCGAGAUCUCUGCCCUGGACAUCGGCAGCAUGCAGCCCAGCCAGUCCCUGGAAGGCCUGCCUUCACGGGACCACUACCCAGGCCACCACAGGGGGUCGCUCUCUGUGACCACCUUCCUCCAGGAGGGACAUGGGGCAGGAAGGACACUCGGCAGGGGCACUGGCAGAACCCUCCCCCUACCCCUCAGCAGCGCCACCAUGCCCUCUAUCCGCUGCAAACACAGGGCGCCCAACGGGGGGCUCUUCCGACAGAGCCCCGUCAAGACGCCAAUGUCAUACCAGUCAGUGCCCGGAGGACCCAUUCCAGAAGCCAUUGAUGGAAACCACGGGACUUCCAUCUGAGCACUCAGCCUCAGCCCAAUCACAGACACUUAAACCCCAUUCAUAUCUGGUUCUAACAUGCAUUCUUUGUUCUGAUGCUGUCCACAUUCUGAUUGUGACAUUUUUAGACAGGUGUAGACGAUUAAAAGACAAAUUGUGAUCUGAUCGUGAUCUGGAUAUCUUACAAAUGUAAACAGAUCUGGACAGUGUCUUAGAAUUAAAAAUAUAUAUAUUUUGAAAGAAUAUCUGUCAUAUAAUUUGCUUACAUGGAGGGUCCAGCAAGUCUGGUCACAAUGCAGACACAGUGAUAGAUAAGAGACACAUUAAAACACCAUGUGUAGAUGCAUGUCUGAAAAUGUGGGUCCAAUCAGAAUGUGGACAAGAUCAGGACACAGGACGCAUGUUAAAACCAGGUAUUAAUGGGGCUUCAGGCUCGGCUGUGGUGAGCUAUACAGAGUGAAUGGUGAGAGGGAAUGUAAAUAUGGAUGGCAAGAAAAUGUUUUUUUACCGCUGAAGAAAUAUGUAGGAAAACAACUUGUGGAAAAUGACUUUCAUGUACAUAUUUGUAAUUAUGGACAUCAAGAGUUGAGGUAAAAAUAAAAAAUAAAGUGUAUUUUGAAUAUUCUCAAUUUUUUAAGUUGAGUUUAAAAAACAGAUACAAAAGUAUUAAAACAUGACUGUUUGAAUGGAUUUGUAAAUUUUGUUCUAAAUUAAUAAAGGUGAUAAUUCCUUGUGGUUGUUUUCUAAGUGCCAAGUUCAAAGAUGUUUUCUUUCGAAUGAACAUUAUAUGAAUGUAUCCAAUUUAUGAAAAGACACUAACUUCACACUUCAAAGACAGUGGAAAGAGUUGAUUUGUUUAGUAUGAAAACAAUAAAAAAACAUGAUAAAGUUCAAA